GAGAGCAACAAUGGCCGAAUUGGUGACCACCAUGCUCGUUACCCCGCUGGUCACCAUGGUCAAGCAGAAGGCGUCCAGCUACCUUCUGGACCAGUACAACGUGAUGCAGGGCAUGGAGGACCAGCGCGAGAUCCUUGGGCGCAGGCUGCCGGCCAUCCUUGACGUCAUUGAAGAUGCAGAGAAGGUGGCUAGCCGACCAGGAGUAAGUGCUUGGCUCCAAGCACUCAAGAAGGUCUCCUAUGAGGCGAUCGAUAUCUUCGACGAGUUCAAGUAUGAAGCGCUCCGGCGUGACGCCAAGAAGAAGGGGCACUACAACAAGCUCGGCAUGGAUGUUGUAAGCCUCUUCCCUGCUCAUAACCCCAUUAUGUUCCGUUACAGGAUGGGCAAGAAGCUGCGCAAGAUUGUGCAAGACAUCGAGGUCCUUGUCAAAGACAUGAAUGACUUUGGGUUCACACAGAGGCACCAAGUGCCACCAUCCAUGCAGUGGCGGCAGACCGACAGCACAAUGGUUGACUCUGAGAAGGGUAUUGUUAGCAGAUCCAGAGAGGAAGAGAAGAAGAAGAUCAUGAAGAUAUUGCUUGAGCAAGAUGGCAAUGGUGAUCUCAUGGUUCUUCCUAUCAUUGGAAUGGGUGGGCUGGGUAAGACUACCUUUGUGCAGCUCAUUUACAAUGACCCUCAAAUCGAGAAGCAUUUCAGUCUCCGGGUGUGGUGUUGUGUAUCAGAAGAUUUUGACAUUGGUAACAUUGCAAGAAACAUCUGCCAUAGCCAUGAGCAAGAUCGUGAGAGAGCACUGCAGGAUCUCCAGAAACAAGUAAGUGGAAAGAGGUACCUUAUUGUGUUGGAUGAUGUAUGGAAUCGGGAUGCCGAUAAGUGGGGAAAACUGAUCACAUGCCUUAAACAAGGUGACAGGGGCAGUGCAAUACUGACAACAACUCGUGAUGCAGAAGUAGCUCGAGUUAUGAGCAUGGGUGUACCUGGGGCCUAUAAUCUAGAAAAUUUGGGUAACCAGUAUAUGAAGGAAAUAAUCCAGAGCAGAGCAUUCAGUGUGCAAAAGCCGGACAGUGACGAGCUAGAUGUGAUUGUUGAUAAGAUUGUGGACAGAUGUGUUGGUUCUCCUUUGGCAGCCAAAGCAUUCGGCUCUAUGUUGAGUACCAAGACUAGCUUGCAAGAAUGGAAGGAUGUAUUAGCCAAAAGCAACAUUUGCAAUGCGAAGACAAAGAUUUUUCCUAUACUCAAGCUCAGCUACGAUGAUCUGCCAUCACAUAUGAAGCAGUGCUUCGCAUUCUGUGCUAUAUUUCCGAAAGAUUACGACAUCGAUGUGGAGGAUUUGAUCCAACUAUGGAUGGCACAUGACUUUAUACCUGCACAGCAAGAAGAUAAUCCUGACAUGGUAGGCAAAGAAAUUUUUAACGAGCUAGUUUGGAGAUCAUUCUUUCAAGAUGUGAAGCGAACCCCUCCACUGAUAGAUCGGCAAACAAGAAGAAAGCGGCUCCGUUACAGAAUCACAUGCAAGAUACAUGAUCUUAUGCAUGACGUUGCUCUGUCUAUUAUGGGAACAGAAUGCACAACCAUAGUUGAUAGGCCCAAUGACAAGAAGUUAUGGUCAAAUCCUACUCGCCACUUGUUCAUAUCAUACCAAGAAACUAGAACUCUUUUGGAUGAUUUUUUGAAGAAGCAAUCUCCAACUCUCCGAACAGUGUUAUACUCACACCAGUACAUUUAUGGCUCAACACCACAUUUAUCGAAGUACAAUUCUUUACGGGCAAUGCAACUGUGUCGAUUGAGAAAACUUCCGAUCAGGCCAAGGCACUUGCAUCACCUAAGGUAUCUUAACUUGUCUGGCAAUUGGUGGAUCAAAGAACUUCCUCGAGAAAUAAGUGGACUGUAUAAUCUAUUAACAAUGGAACUUUCUGAUUGUCGGUCUCUUUGCCGGCUUCCAAAUGAUAUGAAGUAUAUGAGAAGCCUCCGACAUCUCUACACUAGUGGAUGCAAAUCCUUGAAGAGCAUGCCAACAGGCCUCGGACAGCUCACUUCGCUACAGACUCUAACAUAUUUUGUGGUAGGAUCUAGCUCUGGUUGCAGCAGUAUUGGAGAACUCCAAAACAUGAACCUUGGUGGGGAAUUGGAGUUACGAGGUCUAGAAAAUGUAACUGAAGCUCAUGCAAAAGCAGCUAGUCUUGGAAAUAAAGAGAAACUUACACACUUAUCUCUUGAAUGGAAUAGUAAGGGCCAUGAGGAAUCAGUACAAGAUAGUCAUGAGAAGGUACUAGAUUCUCUUAAACCUCAUCAUGGGCUGGAGAUUAUAAGAAUAGUCAACUAUAAAGGCAGCAGUGUACCGACAUGGAUGAAAGAUCUUGGUUUCCUUCAGCAACACUUGACUGAGCUCCAUCUAGUUGGCUGUACAAUGUGUGAGGAAUUUCCUGAAUUUUCUCAUCUGAGGGCUCUUCAAGUUCUUCACUUGAUAAAGUUGUAUAAACUGCAGAGCCUGUGCAGCGACAUGGCAUUCAUGGAAUUUCCAGCAUUGAAGGAACUCCAGUUACAUGAUUUGGAGAGCUUGGAGAGAUGGGUGGCAACAGAAGGAAAUAGAGAAUUAACCUUCCCUGUGCUUGAGACGGUUGAUAUUAUAAACUGUCCAAAGUUGACAAGUCUUCCUAAAGCACCAAAGAUCAAGGUUAUAAAGCUAGAAGAAGAAAAGGCACAGCUGUCCCUUUUACUAAUUACAUCCAGAUACAUGUCCUCAUUGUCUUCAUUAAAAUUGUCUGUUAGUGACAAAGAAGCAACACUGGAGCUUGAUCAGAAUUAUGAAUUAUCAAUUUCGAAAAUGGAAAUUGCUGACUGCAGCUUUUUGUUCACCUCAAGUCCAUUGCAACAAAUAGUUGGGAUUUGGAAAUGGUUUGGGCAGCUUCAAGUAUUGAAAAUUAUUAGUUGCGAUGCUCUCAUCUACUGGCCAGAGGAAGAGUUCUUAAGCUUGGUAUCCUUGAAGGAAUUGGUCAUUAAUUUGUGCUCUAAGCUAAUUGGCCGUGCACAAGUGAAUGGAGUGCCAACUCAAGCAAGUGAUCAGCUCCUGCCACAGCUAAAGAAACUAGAGAUAAAUUGCUGUAAUAGCUUAACAGAGCUCUUCAUCCUUCCUCCGUCGAUUACACAUAUCGAAAUUGAUGGGUGUGAUAGUUUUCGGUUCAUAUGGGGAAAGGAGGAUACAGAAUCGAUGAGUGUAGAGGUGGAGCAUGGCAGUGACCUCAAAACCAGAAGCGAGCCAGAGCAAUUGCCAAGAAAUAACUCUUUACCUUGCCUCGAAACUCUAUUUAUACGGGGUUCUCAUAAGUUGGCAACGCUUCCAAAUCUGCCACCAUCUCUCAGAUGCUUAAAAAUUUAUCACUGUCCGGAGCUACUUUCCAUAUCAGGGCAGUUGCAUGCACUCGUGAAAGUGAGUAUUGGGAUCUGCAAUAAGUUGGAAACGCCGGAUUGGGGGAACCUUCCCGCAUUAGAACACCUCGGACUUAUCAGUUGCAAACGUCUAACAUCCUUACCUGGUAGUCUCGGGAGUUACUCUGCUCUUAUCAGGGUUCACGUUAAAUACUGCCCAGCCAUAAAUAUGAAGCCUCUUUAUGAACACCUCCCACAACGGCUUGACCACCUUGAAUACAGAUUAUUGUCAUAUGCUCAUUCAAGCGAUCCUUGUGAAGGGCCUAAAAUAGGGGACCCACAAUCUUGGCAAUAUGCUAUCCCUGGGUGUCAAGAAUGGACAACCCGGCGUCACAUGAAUUUAUAAAUAGAGAUCCGACCGGAUACCAUGAAGCAUUGCUCACGGACAUGCAAAUCAUCAGUAGGUGACUUCGAGUAUAACCAUUCAUUGUCCUGUUCAUGGGAAUAUCCGGAACUAUGUUGUUGGUAUAUUGGACAGCAAGUUGUGAUGAAUGGAGGCAGCUGCAAGAGCUCAAAUGUUGAUAAAAUAAAAUUCAAGCUGCAAGACAGGAGAAGCUCCAGCUGAAAUAUAUUUAUUACUCUGUUCAGAUCAAGUCUGCCCCUGAACAAAUCUUGGUGUGAACAAGUACUAUUGUGUGGCCUUGGGAUGAUGUUCUGGUCUUUAUUUUUGUGAUUUUCUGGCAUGAAUAAGCUGUCUUGUAGUGGUGUGAUAGCUUUUGCUGGUAUUGAUAUGCUGUUUUGCAUCUCUUAUUUCCAUAUCCUGUAGACUGCUGGAACAUAGCAUGCGGUACUCUAUUUUUAAUUAAUUAUUUGUAUCACCGGUGUGAUAUUUUUUUUCUCUCCA